AUGGUAUUGAUAGUGUUGUUAGACAAAACAAAUGAAACUUGCUCAAAGAAAAAACCUUCCAUGAAGGUCGAAACCUCAAAGCUUUCUAUAAAACCUGCAAAAGAUAAAAUCACACAACAAAAACUUCUC